UACAUCUCACCAACCAGCACCCACCGACCAGCAAACCGCCAACAACCCGCGAAAAUGCCCCCCCAAAAGCGCAAGAACCUCGCCACCACCACCGAUGGCGCGCAGUACAACAAGCGCGCGAGGCCGGAUGAUUACGGCCGUCCGCUUGCGGCACCUCCUCCACCGAGGCCGUCGUCGUCGGGGGAGAGAGAGAGGGGAGGGGUGGAUUAUGAUGACCCUGGUUUUGGGGAGGGCGAGGACGCAAGCGCAGGCGCAACCACCUUUUCAGGCUCAGGCUCAAGUGCCCUCCCCGGCUCAGGCUCAAACACCCCCGCCCCCAUGCGCUACGAGCGGCGCUUCGACCGCAACAACAACAACAACAACAACAACAACCACAACCACCACCACAAGCAGCAGCCACGCGUGCACGCGACAUACGGGCAAGUGAGCGCGCUGCCGGGGCUGGAUGAGCAAGAUUACAGCAGCGACGCAGAAUGGGACGGCGACAUCAGCAGCGACGGCAUGGACGCGCUGCGCUACCUGCGCAUGGUGCGCGCCGAGGCGCACGGGAUCCCGAACCUGAUGGUCGCGGAGCGAGAGCGGAGCGUGGACGAGGAGGGCGUGUACGACGGGGAGCGGGGCUUCUACACCGACGGCGCGUACGUCGCUGCGCCGGUGCUGGGGCCCGUGAAGCCAGGCAACUCUGGGCACGCGCCCACCAACACCCCGCAAGCAGCAUACACGGCCGCCCUGCUCGCGCGCUACGCCGCGCUCCGCGUCCGCCUGCAAACCCCGCCCCCGGCCGCCGCCCUCGCCGCCCUCUCCCCCGCCCAUAUCACGACGUUCCCGCGCAAGGCGCGUGCAAUCAAACACGCCGUGCGCGACUGGCAGACCGUGCUGACGACGCAACCCCCGGCGCGCGCCCAGGCGGCCCUCAUGGACCGCGCCGUUGUGCUGGCCGUGCUGCCGCUGGCGGAGGGGUUGCUGCGCCGCGGAAGGAAUGUGGGCACGACGCUCAGCGCGUGGAUCUGGGCGCUGCUGGCUAGGGUGCCGGAGAUGGGCGAGCUGGGCGCUGAGGAGGUCGCUGUUGUGCGCGAUUUGGCGAGGAGGGCCGUUUGGGUCGCUUGUGGCUGGCGGGGGGAGGAGGUUGCGCGGGCGACGGAGGGGUGGGCUGGUGUGGAGGAGGGUGAGGGUGCUGGGGAGGGGGAGGAGGUGGGUACUGAGGGUGUUGAGAGUGAGGCGGAGGCGGAGGCAGUGUUAGAGAGGGCGAGGAGGAGGGUCUUGGAUGCGUUGGGUGGGGAUGCAGAGAUGGUCAAUGCCGACGACUCUGAGCCGAUAUCUACCCCCGACAUGGCACUACCCGCCAAGAACGCAGCGGACGCGGAUCCCGCCACCGACAGCAACACCGACUCUACCACCAACAAAGACAAAGACAAUCUCGACCUCGACGCCACCGCCCAGCAGCACCACCAACUCGCCGCCGCCCGCGAGCGCCUGCUCUCGCGCCUGGAGUUCUUGGACCCGGACACUGCUACCGCUACCGCUACCAUGGACACAAACACAAACACAGACAUCAACUUUGGCAUGGACGGCACAGCCGACGAUCAGGAGGCAGAAAACAGCAAUGUUGACGCUGACGGCGAGGCGAAGAAGGAAAAUGGUAGUGGCAAGCCCCUCCUGCAGGACAAAAUACACGCGUUUGCGGCGCGGGACGAGGGAUUGAGAGCGAGAUUGGUGGAGGGGGGGUGGUUGCGUGGGGGGGGUGCGGAUGCAGGUGCUGCUGCCGUUGACGGCAAAGAAGAAGAAAACGAAGAAGAAGUCGAAGGUGAAAACGAAGAAGGCGAGAUUGAGGCCGGGGAAGGAAAAGGUAAAGAUGGAGCUGAAGCAGAGGAAGAAAUCAUCCCAGACGCAAACACGCGCGCCACGCUCGAUAUGAUUGUCGCGGUGGCGGCGGAGCGCUAUGGCCAGUGCGAUUUGGGCGAGUUUCGGGAGGUUUGGGCGUAGA